CGGUUGCCUAGCAUAAACAACUCUGCAGAUAAAAAUAUAACUGGGUUAUUUCCAGUUAUUUCGAUUAAAACCGUAUACAUUUACACAAAUUAUAUUAUUCAACGCGAUAAAAUGGUAAUUUAUCAUUGCGUUAAUGAUAUCCGCGCCUUAGUUUGUUUACUGCGACGUUUCCGCCGCUAAAAACAACGAAAUUAGUCGCGUUUAGUGAAUUUAGAGGUUAAAAAUGAGUGAAACAGUUGAGAAUUUCCAUUCGACCGCCGGGAAUUUACUUUCGCAUGUGGAAAUCACCAUUCCCGAGUCGGAAAAACGCGCGAACGGCUCCCUAAACCUUCGGGAAUAUUAUACAGUGUAUUUAGUAGAAACAAAAGUAAUAGAUCCUGAUUAUAAUGGUACACUACCAAAAUUAUCAUCAGUAUGGCGUAGAUACACCGAAUUCGAACAAUUGCGAGAUUAUUUAGAGUUGACAUACUCUUAUGUUGUAAUCCCACCACUUCCCGAGAAGAGAGUGAUGUUUGGCUGGCAGAAACUCAGCACAGACACAUUUGAUCCGGAUUUUGUCGACCGGCGACGUGCAGGGUUAGAAAACUUCCUUCUACGCAUCGCCAGCCACGAAAUUCUGUGUAAAGAUGUAAGUUUCUUAGAGUUUUUGAACAGUGAAGAUGGCUGGAGGGAAAGUUACAAAGCAAAUGGCUAUCUACAACUCGCAGAAAACAAAUUAAAGUCUUUAAGUGUUUCUGUCCGGUUAAAACACACAGAUGCAAAGUUUGAAGGCUUGAAAACCUAUGCAACUACAUUCCAUACGAAUUUAUAUAAUUUAUUAAAAGCACGAUCGAGAGUUGCUGAUAAACAAUACGCGGUUUAUAAGUUACACGCGAAUUACGGAAGGGUUUUCUCUGAAUGGUCGGCCAUUGAGAAAGAUAUGGGUGAUGCCCUGCAGAAAACAGGACAUUAUUUAGAUUCGCUAGCAUCUAGUAUUGAUGCAUCUCUAGAGGAUGAAGAAUUAUUGGUGGAUCAAUUGAAAGAGUACUUAUUCUUUGCUGGGAGUAUGCAGAAUGUUUGUAAAAAACAAGAAACUCUUCAGUAUGAGCUCGAAGCAGCUGAAGAUAAUGUCGCUGCGAAGAAUAUUGAGCGGACACGUGCACAGCAAGGUAAAUUAGGCAUGAUGGCUCGAUUGUUUGGUGCGGUGGAUACUGAUGAAGUGAGAGAGUUAAAGGUGAAUAGUCUGGAUGCGCAGAUUCAGGAAGGUGCAUUAGCUGUGCAUCGUGCUAAGGAUGAUUUGGAAGUGUUCUGUGACAGGGCACUGAAGGAUAUGGAUCGGUUUGAGGAGCAGAAGUUGAGGGAUUUGAAGGAUACGCUCGAGGCGUAUGUUUGUUUGCAAUAUAAAACUGCCAAAAAGGGUCUUCACACAUGGAUGCAAAUACGAGACUGUUUACAAACGAUACCAUAACGUCCGCAUACGUAAGAAAAGUUCAACACGUUUUUAUUUAUUCGUCUAAGGUUAAAAAUCAAUGAAUAAACUUGUACAUUUAAUUA